GACAGGAGUCGCCCCUUCCACAAGAAGAAAUUCGAAGGGGGGAGGCACUAACUGGUACCCCAAGAGAGCAUCCUGAAUGCAGUGAUAAAGAAAGUGGAAGAAGACCAAGCCAGAGGACUACUAGUGGCCCCAGUGUGGCCCACACAACCAUGGUUCUCCAGACUCCUCAGACUCCUCAUCCAUCCACCAGUCAUACUACCACCAGUCUCUCAGAUCCUACGCCUUCCACACAACAAGGAGGCGAGACACUCUCUCGACAGAAUGAAACUUGCAGUGUUUCCCUUAUCAGGCUAUCUCUUACACGGAGAGGAGUUUCGGACAGAGCUGCCAGUGUUAUCCUCCAAUCCUGGCGCAAAUCCACUAGAGACCAGUACUCCACAUACAUCAAGAGAUGGGUUGCGUUUUGUAAUCAAAGGGAAAUUGAUACGCUGUGUCCAUCUGUGACCGAGGUGUUAGAUUUUCUGACGGAACUCUAUGAGUUACACAACCUUGGUUACAGUGCACUUAACACAGCCAGAUCCGCUCUGUCCUGUGUUAUAUCAGCAGAUAACGUCACCAUUGGAUCUCAUCCUCUCAUUAACCGCUUCAUGAAGGGAGUUUUUCAGACUCGCCCCUCACUGCCCAGAAACUCAGUGACGUGGGAUACCAGUGUUGUUCUAGGUUAUCUUAAAACAUUGAUGCCUUUGAAGGAACUGUCGUUGAAAGAUUUGACACUUAAAACUGUGACUUUGAUUGCGCUAUUGUCAGGGCAGAGACUGCAAACUGUUCAUCUAUUAGAUGUUAGAGAUAUUAGCUUGUUCAGUAGUUGUUGUAAGUUCAGAGUUGGUAGCCUGAUCAAACAGUCGAGACCUGGGUCGCAUCAGGCGGAGAUCACUCUGCCGGCAUACACGCCGAACAGUAGUCUGUGUAUCGUUAGGGUAUUACAGGAAUACCUUGUCAGAACAGCUCCCAUGCGGAACGGUGAGAAUCAGCUUUUCAUUAGCUACACACAGCCGCAUAAGGCUGUAAGUAAAGAUACCGUGUCACGCUGGAUCAAGCAGGUGCUUCAGUUGAGUGGCAUAGACAUGAAUACGUUCACGCCACACAGUACAAGAAUGGCGUCGACUAGUGCCGCGUUACGACAUUCUGUGCCGCUUCAGACUAUACUGAAAACGGCAGGGUGGAGUAGUUCUGCGACUUUCUCCAAGUUCUACAACAAACCAGUGACUGACAAUACGUUCGCAUUGGCCAUCCUCGACAACAGCUGAACUAUUAAACAUAUAAUCAUGGAGACUCGUCACAUUCCAAGGACUUGGAAGUAGAAGUACAUAGACUGGCAAGUGGUUGUUUGAGAUUGCCAAUUUGGACGUUUCAUUUGUUCAUAUUUGCAUAUUAUAAUUAAACUAGCUGUCAGCUUA